AUGUCUCAUAAUUACUCUCAAUCUCAGGCCAGUGCUAGUGGACUAGUACAGCGUCCUGGACCCGUGCUAGCUCCAGCAAUCGACGAUGAGAUGCUGACCCCGAGUGACGAUGAAGACGACGAAGACGCACGAAACUUACGAGAGUUGCGGAAUCUUAGGCGACAGGCCACGAUCACGCAGCAGCAGAUGGCUAGCAUGCAGGAUAUGAUUAAUCAGCUCUUAAGUCAGCUAAUGGCCACCCUAAACAAGAAGAAGUCUGUCAUGAAGCCUAAGAUAGCGGCACCUAAGAAGUUCGAUGGAACCUACACUAAACUAUGGACAUUCCUUACCAAUAUUAACUUGUACUGCGAGGCAGCUAAGUGGAUGGAACCCUAUGUCAAGGACUUCCUGAAGGACGCAGACAACCUAGGAACCAAGAACGAAACCCAAGGGAUAUUCGGAAACUGGGACAACUUCAAGAAGGAGAUAGGACGAAUCUUUGGGGAAGUAGACGAAAAGAACUAA